AUGUUUCUAGCACGGCACACCCCGUCCGGUUCGGCGGUUGCAGUGGUAUCGCGCCUGGCUCGCCCUUCCGCUGCUAUUCAACAGCGUGGGUUGGCCACCUCCAGCGAUGCCCCGCCACCGAAGAAGACGAAGUUUGGCGGAUUAUCAGACCAGGACAGAAUCUUUCAAAAUCUGUACGGCCAGCUUGGGGCGGAUCUAAAGACUGCCAAAAAGUAUGGUGAUUGGUACAAGACAAAAGAGAUCCUGCUCAAGGGCCACGACUGGAUUAUCUCUGAAAUUAAAGCAUCCGGCCUUCGUGGACGUGGAGGGGCAGGGUUCCCUUCCGGCAUGAAAUGGUCUUUCAUGAACCCACCUGGAUGGGAAAAGGGAACUACUCCUCGUUACUUGGUGGUCAACGCAGAUGAGGGCGAGCCUGGAACCUGCAAGGAUCGUGAGAUCAUGCGUAAAGACCCUCACAAGCUCAUUGAAGGUUGUUUGGUUGCAGGACGAGCUAUGAACGCUACUGCAGCUUACAUCUACAUCCGUGGAGAGUUUUACCACGAGGCAACUGUGCUUCAGAGAGCUAUUCAAGAGGCAUAUGCCGAUGGACUUAUCGGCAAGAACGCCUGUGGAUCUGGAUAUGACUUUGAUGUCUUUAUUCACAGAGGGAUGGGGGCCUACGUAUGCGGUGAGGAAACUUCUCUCAUUGAGUCGCUUGAAGGAAAGCCGGGAAAGCCCCGUUUGAAGCCUCCUUUCCCGGCUGCUGUCGGUCUUUUUGGAUGCCCAUCUACUGUCGCCAAUGUUGAGACUGUCGCUGUUGCUCCAACAAUUUGUAGAAGAGGCGGUUCAUGGUUCGCCCAAUUUGGUCGUGAGAGGAACUCCGGUACCAAGCUUUUCUGUAUUUCUGGUCACGUCAAUAACCCCUGCACUGUUGAGGAGGAGAUGUCGAUCCCCCUCCGAGAACUAAUUGAGAAACAUUGUGGUGGCGUCAGGGGUGGAUGGGAUAACUUGCUCGCUGUUAUUCCUGGAGGAUCUUCAACCCCUAUUUUGCCCAAAAACAUUUGUGACGAUGUUCUCAUGGAUUUCGAUGCUUUGAAGGACGCUCAGAGUGGUUUGGGAACUGCCGCCGUUAUUGUUAUGGAUAAGAGCACAGAUGUUGUCCGAGCAAUCUCAAGGCUGUCUAAGUUUUACAAGCAUGAGUCUUGUGGACAGUGUACCCCUUGCCGUGAGGGUAGUAAAUGGACUGCACAGAUAAUGGAGCGCUUCGAAAAGGGCCAAGGAAGGGAACGAGAAAUCGAUAUGCUCCAGGAGCUCACCAAGCAAGUCGAGGGUCAUACCAUCUGUGCUUUGGGUGAGGCGUUCGCUUGGCCACUGCAAGGACUCAUCCGUCAUUUCAGGCCAGAGUUGGAGGCUAGAAUGGCAAGCCAUGCUCAGGCUAGCGGCGGAUCGGCUCUGGCAGGUGGAUGGGAACAUGAUGCUCGGUUGAAGGGAAAACUUAUUGCACCGGGACAAUAG